AUGUCCUUUGCCACGUACUUCUGCUCUUUGGUUGAUGUUGAAAGUCCUUUCCGGUGGAUUAUCAUGUGCCAAUUCUUCGGCGGCUUGGGCCAAUGUACUUCAUACUUCUUCAUCGGCCGACUUGGACGCAGGACGAUGCUGCUCAUCACUCGGGACCAGUAUCUGCGCGAUUUCCAUGCUGCUUCGCGGUAUCGUGUCCACCUCUCCUGUAUGCGGGACUCGAAAGCGGCGAAGAAUAUGAACGAAGAGAUGUUCGACAAGGGGACCGCGCCGAGAGACUUCUCCACGUAUGUUUAUGAUAACGUCAUCAAUGCACGCGAACAGGCUGAGGAGGUCGUCUAUGGCAAGAAGGUGCCGGAGCGAGUCGAGGUUAUUCAUGUCAAGACGCAUGUCAAGACCGUUGAUAGUGUGCGAGCACGUCCCUCUUACCGUGAGCUUCGAUUGAAUCACGGACUUCGAGGAGCAGCUCUUAAGACGCCGACCAGUGAAGAAUGGGGGUUGUAG